AGAACACUAGAGUUUUGGCGGGAACUUGACCGGCAUCGGUUUGCUGCUCCUGUUUUAUUGUUUAAAUAAUGGUUUGAAGUGGACCUUGAUAUGUAAAAGUGGUGCGAUUUUGUGUAUUAAGUGUCUGCGCAUGUGUACUAUUAGUGGAAACUGUGAAACAAGUGCUCUGAUAGUGAUGUGAUUCCCAAAAUAAGGUGCCUGUCUGCUUAGGCGCCUUGAGAUACCAUCGCCAACCGUCAGCUGUCUGCUGGCUCAAGUUACCGUCAAAAUCUCCCGAGGGCUGCACAAUGAGGCGCAUCAACAUAUUGUGAAGCAGUAUACUAUGAAGAAUAAUUAUUAUAAUAUAAUAUUGUAACUUCAGGCUCAGAAAAGCUAGAUCCCAGAGCCGUAAAGCCAGUUAUUAAGAAAGAAGAAGAAAAAGAACAGAACCAUAGAUAAGAGUGUAUAUACUGAAAACAGAACACUAAUAUCCGCCUAAGGGUAUUAGUGGGGUAUUAGUGUUCUGUUUUAAAUAAAGUUGAAUUGUGCUUACAAUAUUUUUGAAAAUUUCGUUUUAUUGAAGAAAAAGAGAGUUCAAUUAUAUUAAAGCUGUAGGAAACAGAAAUGGCGUUUGGUGAAAUUUGUAGAAUUUGUUUAAGCGUUAGUGUACGCAUGUUUGUUCUAAAGAAGAUUGGCCUCCAAAAUUUAUAUAAAACAUUGACGAACACAUUUGUAAGUUACUGUGUCAGCGGUAAUUUGUUGCUAUCGCUGGAGAAAUAUAUUAUUACUUGCCUGUUAUAAAAUGCUAUAGAUCGGGGCUAGGCUAAGGUACAGCGUUAAAUAUAGUGAGUGACAAAUACAAGCAGACCCGAAAAACAACAAUUAGCCCGGUAUCCUGGGUCGCACUAAAAUCAGUAUUAUCAUUGAAGUAAUAUGUACUACGUACUAGAAGAGUCGCCGAAACUGUUUGCAACAAGUGUUAGAGCCUGCGAGCUCAAUUGCUUCCAGACACUGAAAUUCCCUCACUCUCAUAUUCCUAUCAGACUGAGAAAUCAAAGGAGGGAAUUGUGUGCACUUGUGUUUGCUUACAUACACAUGCAAUAAUUGCACACUUUGACAGAAUUAAAUUAUUUAAACCUGUCCUGCGCUAAUGAGUAGUCUCAAUUGCAACCAAAAUUCUGUCUGUAGGACAUUAUUAUAAUUAUUUUUUACAUAAUUCUCGAGUGGUAGCCUCAUACUGGUAAGCAAAUAGUAGUGUGGCCCAAACACUAGAUAGUGGUAAUCUGAUAAGACAGGAAGUCGAUGAAUGUAGGUUGUGGUAGUUGCAGUUGCCACUUACCAUCAAGUGGAUGGCAAGUUUAUUUGUCACUUCAAUAUUAUAAAACAUGAUGUUGAUGAAGUGAAUUGUGAACUUUCAUAUUUUCAGAUGGAUGAGAAUGAAGGGCCUAUAAUUGUCUGUUUCACCUGUCAUGCAAGACUCAUUCGUUGCAGAAGAUUACAACAACAGGCUAUUGAGUCAAAUGCAGUUCUGGAACAGUUGCUUGCAGGAGGGUCCAUGUUAAUACCAAAACCGUAUGAAGCUAGAGAUGAGAUGCAAUUCACACCAAUUUGUCAUAUUGAUAUCUGGCCAGUAGAGUGUGAUAUAGAAAAUGAUUGUAAGGACGAAAUUUUUUGCCUUGAUUCCGUUAAAGUUCAGGAAGAGAAUUUCGAAUAUGAGAAUUUCAAAUUUGAAGAAAAUGGCAAUUAUGAAACAGAGACUGUUGAAAAACAAGAAGACUUGGAGAUUGAUGCUUUUGAAGAUAGAAAUACGGUUUCGGAGGAUGACUUGCCACUAAUUGCAUUUGGUUCAAAGAGUAAUGAGCAAUUUGUAACUGCAAAUUUUAAAAAGAAGCCCAGGAAUAAUUUUAGAGAGAAUGAAGACAUAGAACCGUCUGAGAAGAAAAUUAAAUCAAAUUCUACUGAUAGUAACAUAAACUUAGUAUGUAAAGAAAACCUUAAUUUUGAAGGCCCUUCAUCAAACUCUAAUCAACAAAUUAACAUAAAAGGAAAGCAUCCUGC